AUCUUUUCCCUAAUAAAACAAUUUCUCGCGUGCAAGAACGUAUGCCCCGCCGACCAAAUCACGCUCAAUCGAGAGCAGAUACGUGGAAAAGAGUCAAAAGAAGUUUUGACUAUUUGUGGUCAGCAGCGGUUCAACUGUGGAAGCCAUUCGAACUGGAUCGACUGGAUAUCCUAUGCAGCUGGUCGUACCUGGCUCUGCAAUUUGCUGAUGCCGCUGAUGAAGACACCAUAGAACUUAUUGAGUGCAAAAAGUUAGUGCUAUUGAGGCGCAAAAUAGUGUCUAAUUCAGCAACGUCAAAAAAUGCCGUGGAAAAAUUUAAAAUUAUAAUAGAUUGCCAUCAAAUGUGGAAAUCUAAGGAAACUAAUGCAAAAUCCCAAGCAGCACAUGUGCUGGCCACAACCAUCGUAGUUGAAAAUGCGCAUCAAGCUAAUCAAAGAGUGGCUACAGUGGAGAGAAAUAUCAAAGAGACGAAGUCGUUGGCGGAGAAACUGGGAAAAAAGGUGCGUGAAUUUGGAGUAAAGGAUGAAGCGAUGACUAUUUCGCAAACUCCAAAAGAGCCACAGGAAGAAGAAGAAGAAGGCGUUCCGGCAAAAAGACGCAAGGAAGAAGAGGAGUAAUG